CCUCACCUGGGGCCGGGGACUCCAGGAGGAGGCACGCCAAUUGGCGCACCGGGCGGUCCUGGCGUCCCUGCCUUUCCCAUCGCCCGGCUGCGAGACUCGCCGCCUCUGCCGCCCCGCCCGCAGUGCCCCUGAGGCUCUUAGCUGCUGGGGUCCGCGGGAGGCCGCGCCAUGAAUGAGCGAAACAUUAGCCGGAGGAGGACAGUGAAGAAGGACAAUGAGGCCUUCGAGAUUUCCAUCCCCUUCGACGAGACGCCCCACCUAGACCCACAGAUCUUUUACAGUCUGAGCCCCUCUCAGGGAAACUUCGAGGAGCCUCCGGAGGCUGCGUCCCCGACUGUGGCCCUGAUGAACGGUGUCAGGGCCCAGCUGCACAUGGCACUGGAGAGGAACUCAUGGCUGCAGAAGCGCAUUGAGGACCUGGAGGAGGAGAGGGACUUCCUGCGGUGUCAGCUGGACAAGUUCAUCUCCUCUGCCCGCAUGGAUGCAGAGGACCACUGCCGGCUGAAGUCUAGGCCCCGGCGGGCUGAGGGGGAUGGCAGAGGCGGGGCUGGGGGCGAGGCCUCAGACCCCGAGUCGGCGGCCUCCUCACUCAGCGGAGCGUCUGCACAAGGCAGUAACGGGGAGAGGAAGAGGCAGAAGCAGAAAGGGGGCACUGGCCGGAGGCGCUUCGGGAAACCCAAGGCCCGGGAGAGGCAGCGGGUGAAGGACGCCGACGGUGUGCUCUGCCGCUACAAGAAGAUCCUGGGCACCUUCCAAAAGCUGAAGAGCAUGUCUCGGGCCUUCGAGCACCACCGAGUGGACCGCAACACGGUGGCGCUGACCACGCCCAUCGCGGAGUUGCUCAUCGUGGCCCCUGAGAAGCUGGCGGAGGUGGGCGAGUUCGACCCCUCCAAGGAGCGUCUGCUCGAGUACUCGCGCCGCUGCUUCCUGGCCCUGGACGAUGAGACCCUCAAGAAGGUGCAGGCCCUCAAGAAGAGCAAGUUGCUGCUUCCCAUCACUUACCGCUUCAAGCGGUGAUCCCGCCCCACCUGGCCCGGGACAGGCCCCCGGCCCCUCUUUCCCUCCCCCUCCGCCCUCCCGGCACUGGUCAAGCGUGUGUAGGAGUGGUGGACCCUCACGAGGGCAUGGGGCGGCUGGGUGGCCUGUUUCUGCGCGUGCCUCUCUCCUUUCCCUCCUGCGGACCGCCACCCCCUCCCCGGGUCCCCUAUAUAUAGAUCUGCCCCUUUGCCUCUCUCAUUCCUAGCAUCCUCCCCGUCCUCCGCAUUCCCUGGGGUGGGGGCGGUCCAAGAACUACUGUCCAGGGACCGGUUUCUGCCCUUUCCUAAACACUGGCACCCCCUCCCACCUGAGCGGCACCGUCCUGCCGUCACCCGGCCCUUGCUCCUGGGAAAACUGCGGGACUGCGGGGCGAGGGCACUGUACAUACCCCGUUGCCGCCCCCAGCCCCGAGGAGAGGCUGGCCCACAUGCCCGCCCUGCAAGGAGCUCCCCAACGCGUUCCGGGACCGCCCCGAGUCCACGUGAGACAGAGAAUUAUUAAGAGAAUUUAAAUUAAAAAGAGAUGAUAAAAUUUGGAAUAAACGAGGCCCCGGCCCUUUCCUGGGAGGGGGUGGCCGUUGUCGCGAAGACAGUGACGGAGGCUCUGAGGGGUUCCGGGGCACGGACGGUCAGGCGGGAAACGGGGAGGUUGGGGAGACAGGGUGUAAUUAGCUCCCCGGAGGCAGGGGUGGGAUGGGAGAAGGAGCUGUGCCGUGGGGAACUCGGAGGGGCAGAGCUCCGGAAAAAAGGCGUGAACACUACCCGCUGGGCUACUGGGACUAGAGGCACGGCGGCAGGAGGCGGGACUCAAUGAAACCUCUCGCGGAGGCGGCCAACGUGGGGAACGGGGAAUCUCUGAGCGUACGCUUCCGCCAGGAGGCGGUAAAGCGAGAUUAUCUGCCUCCCGGAAGUGUCCGCUACGUCGCCUGCUGCGCCUGCGCGGCGGGGGGUGGGGCGCGGGCGCGCUUGUGCGGUUGCCACGGCAACCAGGAGAGGGCGGCCUUGCUUAACGGUCGGGAAUGCAGUACCUUCCCUGGAGGAAGGGAAAGACUCGCGCACGCGCUCUGGGGGCUCGGGAAGCGGGCCCCCUUCCGGAACAGCCGAGAAACCUCGCCUCAGACCGGCUUCUACGCAGGCGCAGAAGCCCACCUCGCGCCCCGCCUCUUCCCCCUUGCGCAGGCGCACAAAGCCGCUCUGGCAACCUCCGCAGUGGCCGCGCGCACCCUUCACCCCGCUGGCUGAUUUUUUUCUCGCGCAACCUUCUUAGGCCCUCCGCAAGAUCAGCCCUUCUUUUCCUCCCCUUUCCCCACCGGAGAGCCAGGUGCCGAGAGCCGGGACCCUGCCCCUUCUCCGUUUCCCUUCCCCUGACCCACCUCUCCUCUGUCCUCCCUCCCUUUUCGGUUCCCGGAGCCGGAAGGAGCCGAAGUGCCGACGGAAAAAGCCGAAGCUAUCUCCCGUGAGUGAAGUCUUCUCGAAGCGGUGGCGGAAGGAGCCGAAGUUCUCCGAGAGGGGAGGAGGGUGCGCCUGGAAUCUCCGGAAAGAGCCGAAGUUUGGAAACGAGCUUAAUCUCUGGCUGGGUCCGAGGGCGAGCUCCGGAAACCUUCGGAAAGUGACGAAGUCCGGGACGGUUAGAAUUGUCGGAAGUAGCCAGUUGCUUGGACAGGGCCGGCGGAGAAGAGCGGGGAGAAUCUGCGCAAGCAGUCAAAGACUGGGACAAUUUGAAUUUUCGGAAAAAGGCGAAUUCUUAGAGGGGGUUGGGUGCAGAAGAACGCGAGGAUCUACGGAAACAUCCGAGCGUUGAAGAGCUAAUAUCCGAAAAGUUACGAAAACCUGGGAAAGCGGCGAAACCCUCGCUUCGGGUGUUCUCGGAAGCAGCCGUAGCUGCUGCUCCCGACGCUUUUCUUACGGUCCGGAAAUAGCCGACGCGUUUCGGAGCCAGGCCCGGGGGGGAGGGGCACCUCGCGGGCGCGCAGGCGGGGAGAGGGGCGGAGCCGGGGCGGGGCGGGCGGCCCGGGCUUGAUUAGGUAGGAGGCGGUGGAGCGCCGGCGGCGGCCGGAAGUAGCCGAAGCAAGCGGCGGAAGUAGC